AUUGUAACGGAGGAGAACCAAUUUCAAAAUGAAAAUUUUGCAUCUUAAUUGAACCUUUUAUUUUUCUUUUAGCGAGUCGGAGACGUACAGUUCUCUGCUUUUCCGCUUCGCCUCCCAUCAAUCUGUUACGGAUUUUCAAUUAUAUCUCUGUUUAUGUAUCGAACACGCUGAUAAUCAUCAAGAACAAAAUCCCCAUUGUCUCGCUUUCGUUUCAUAUUUUCUUCCUGCUUCCAAUUUUCAGGUACCAGUUAUAUUCACCAGAUCUUUGUUUUAUAGCUGCUUACCCAAUAGUUCAUUUAAAUUCAAGAAUCUCUUUGUACCAGUCAGGAUGUUUGGUUUCAUGAAAUCCCCCGCGAAAGUUACUAAGCAGAAUUCUGUAGAUCCUGAAUUAUCAACCGGAUCUGGCACUAAUCCUUUUGAUUCAGAUACUGGGCCUGAUGCCAAACAAACUCUUAAUGCUGCAAGAAGAACUUCUUCCGAGCCUGUGCUCAUUAUGCCAAACUCAAUGUCCUCUAACCCUUUUGACGAUGACGAUGAAGGUUUUGUUGGAAGAAGAGGGACUGCAACUUCUUCAGCCUCUAAAGAUAGGUACAAAAAUGAUUUUCGAGACUCGGGAGGACUUGAGAACCAGAGUGUGCAGGAAUUGGAAAACUACGCUGUGUAUAAAGCUGAGGAGACCACAAAAUCUGUUAAUAACUGCUUGAAGAUCGCUGAGGAUAUAAGGGAAGAUGCUACCAAGACCCUUGACAUGUUGCAUAAGCAGGGUGAGCAAAUUGAAAGGACCCACAGGAUGGCUGCUGAUAUGGAUAAAGAUUUAAGUAAGGGUGAGAAACUUCUGAAUAAUCUUGGAGGCAUGUUCUCUAAGCCUUGGAAGCCAAAGAAGACGAGAGAAAUUACAGGGCCUCUUAUAACAGCAGAUAAUUCCUCUGGGAGAACUGAAAAUAACAAGGAGCAAAGGGAAAAAUUGGGUGUAUCUACGGGCAAAAAACAGUCGGCUACUCAAACACCACCCUCUGAACAGUCAGGUGCUAUGCAAAAAGUUGAGGCUGAGAAGGAAAAACAAGAUGAUGCACUCUCAGAUUUAAGUAAUAUCUUGGGUGAUCUGAAGAGUAUGGCUGUGGACAUGGGAAGCGAGCUUGACAGGCAAAACAAAGCUCUGGAUCAUCUAAGCGACGAUGUCGAUGAGCUGAAUUCCAGAGUGAAAGGCGCCAAUCAACGAGCUCGCAAAUUGAUUGGGAAGUAAAUCAGAUACAUGCCCUUUCUUCCACCUCUUCCCUUCUGUUUGUUUCUAGCUGGAAGCAUUUCGUUCAAACAUUCUUUAAUUGUUGGUGUAUUUUUUUUCUUGUGGUUUUAUAAGGUUGUAAUAAGUACAAAACU